AUGUCAUCACCCAAACAAAUGAACGCCACACAUCCAGACUCGGCUCUUAAGGGACAUGCCAGCAACAUUCUAAAUGUGAAAGCUUCUGGUCGAAAGUCUUCACUGGCAAGUUCCCUUCAGAAUUUUGCAACCCGCACUUUCCAUGCUUUGCCACGCCGGCGAAAUGAAAAAGACAAUGACGACGCGAUGGAGGCUCCAAAGUUGCAGUAUUCCUCCACAAAAUUCCAUGCUCCAAGGUCACCAUCAAAACUGCCAGUCCGUCGAAGACGACCAACAAUAUCGACAAAUGCGCUUAGAUUUCCAUCUCCAACAGAAAUUCCGCCAGUCCCCCCCCUCCCAGAGUGGGCUUCUAAGUCAAGGAUACCAACAUUAACUCGAAUAUCUAACCCAGCACAGAGUGGAGGUAGAUUGGGAAGAAUGUAUAUUGGCAUAAGUGCUAGCCCGGAUAUAAAUCCCGCUGAGAUAACGAACCGCAUUGGCGAUACAAAAUCCAUUGUCGCAUAUCAGGACGCAAAGGUCUUUUUGAGCUCGACUAGUGCAGACAGUCAGAAUAAAAAUGAGGAGAUGGAAAGCUCAAAAUGGAAAGAAGAAGAAAAUACGAAAAAGCAAGAAAUCAUAGGCUGCGGACAUCGGGACUCUCAAACAUGGCGCAAACGCAUGUUGUCUUUCAGUGGUAAACAGACUCCAGCUAUGACAGCAGCAUGUACUAUGCAGGCGACUUUCACCGGUACUGGAUUUUCAAAAUCAACUUUCAUGGCAGCACCUACACCCUCUUGCGUAUUGAAUAUGCGAGAAUCUUCGUCUCUUACCUCGUCCGUAAGCGUCCCAGGUGGGUUACAAAUGAUGCCGAGUGGAGCGAUUCAACCAAGGCUAGGCCCAUCUAAAUCAAGCUGUACUGUAUCGAGAGGGGCGUCUGUCAAAAACAACAGCCACAUAAAAAGGAACUUGCCCCUACCACCAAUUCCGGUGAUACCUAAAAGUUACUCCAUUGGGAACAUAAGAUUGAACAAUCGACCGGGCAAAUCACAAACCCGAUUGUCAACACACGCAUCUGUAUACCCCAAGUCUCCAACUCAGGCUCAGGUAAAGCGAGGAUCAACAAUUAGUCACGUACUUAGCACGCCAACGAAAAACAUUGGGACACGUCGAGAGCUAGGGACAGCUCAAAAUUGUUAUGCCACUGCACCCUGCUCCUCCGGCCAUCUAAAUGUAGCAGAAGCCCUUAUCGACUUAAUUCCACCCCGUAAGGCUGAGCAAUCACAGCAUGAAACUCGAGUGUCAGUAUCUCCAGCUACCACCGUGUUUAGAGAACAUCAGGUUCAAGAGGCGCAGCCAGAGCAAUACUGGCUAGGGCGAAUAUCUACGCUCCUAAACAGUUUUAAAUAUGAGGAAGCAUUCAAUGAAUCAGACCCAUUUCUAGCUGUUCGCGCGCCAUCAAGGACGAGAUUAUUAAAAACCUGGGGUAUAGAGAGCAUGGAUGAAUUCCAUGCCAAAAGGGCAUUUGCCGCUCUAGAAAAAGCAUGCCUGACAAGUGAAGCCUUGAACAGUUUUUAUUUUUUUAAGGAAGCUUACCAGUGUAAACUGAUGAAGCCAAAAUUUCGGGCAGUUGGAAAGAAAAACACAAAGCAAGGUGGGGUGGACGGGCGGCAGACCGCUUUGUGGGUUGGAGCGAAUACUGAUCAACGGGCCAACGAGGAGAGAGCGGAAACGAAUGAAAUCUGUUGA